CAAAGUUCGAAUCAGAUCAGUGUAGGGAAAUGUAGUUUUUUAGAGUACUCCACUUCAGUGCAGUGCAAUCAAAUGUAGACUACAUGUCCCGUCAUGCAACAGAGCCGUCAGCAUUCAUGGACGGAACCCAUUUGCAAAUAGUAGUUUGAGGUUGCAGAAAACGUCUAAUCACCGUUCGUUUUUCGCGCAGUUUAAGAAUAUUAAUUCAGAUUUUUAUGAAUAAUAGAUUAGAUUAAACACUGUCCAACCUAAAAAGCUACUUUUAGUGAAACCUACGUUUAGUGCCCAAACACUGGGCUGGGUCGACAGUUCCGCUUCCCCUCCGCCAUAUCAGACAGAUCUUGGGUCCAAGAAGAAGUUAACUAAAAAAACUUACAAGCACGUCGACACGGCGUCGCAAAUCAUAAUAUCAAGGGAAAUAUUCUCAUUAUACUUGCAGCAAAAUCAGUUUAUGAGAGUGAAAAAGGCGGAGGCAAAACUUUGAGGAGAUUUGCGGGAGUUCUGAAGAAAUGAAGUCAUGAGGUGGAAGCACAGGGAGAAAGAGACUGUGUACACACCAUAGCGAAGACCCUCAAUGUCCCAGGAGUGUGGCAGAUCUGGGCCAGGGACCUUAACUGGAUCUUCCAUCAGGGUUCUUCAGGGUUGAUCUCUGAAACCCUAUUACCCUUCUGAGUGUGUUUCCCUGUCAUGUCUGACAACGGUGAGCUGGAGGACAAACCCCCUGCCCCCCCAGUCAGAAUGAGCAGCAACUUUAGCAUCAAGGACAGUAUGUCAACAAACCCCAGUUCUAAACCCCUCCCCUCCGUCCCAGAGGAGAAGAGGGACAAACCACGCAACAAGAUCAUAUCCAUCUUCUCAGCAGAGAAAGGAAGAAAAAAAGACAAGGAUAAGGAGCGUCCGGAGAUUUCCAAUCCUUCUGACUUCGAGCACACCAUACACGUGGGCUUCGAUUCUGUCACGGGGGAGUUCACUGGCAUGCCAGAGCAGUGGGCUCGGCUGCUGCAGACCUCCAACAUCACGAAAUCUGAGCAGAAGAAAAACCCUCAGGCUGUGCUGGAUGUGCUCAAAUUCUACGACUCCACAGGCAACAGCAGGCAGAAAUACCUCAGUUUUACAGAUAAAGACGCACCACCAGCAAAAAAAGGCUCAGAUCAAUCACCAGUCAAGGAUCCUGAUGAUGAUGACGAUGAAGCCCCGCCCCCUGUUGUAGCACCACGUCCACAGCAUACCAUAUCUGUAUACACUCGUUCUGUCAUCGAUCCUAUUCCGGCACCUGCUGCCAUUGCAGACACAGAUGGUUGCAAAGCUGCAGAUAAACAGAAGAAGGGCAAGGGCAAGAUGACAGAUGAGGAGAUUAUGGAGAAACUUAGAACUAUUGUCAGUAUUGGAGAUCCCAAGAAAAAAUACACAAGAUAUGAAAAAAUUGGACAAGGUGCUUCUGGUACGGUGUAUACAGCCAUUGAUGUUGCUACUGGCCAAGAGGUAGCUAUCAAGCAGAUUAACCUACAGAAGCAGCCCAAGAAGGAGCUGAUCAUCAAUGAGAUCCUGGUGAUGAAGGAGCUGAAGAACCCAAACAUUGUCAACUACGUAGACAGCUUCUUGGUAGGAGAUGAGCUCUUUGUGGUAAUGGAGUAUCUUGCUGGAGGCUCUCUGACUGAUGUGGUUACAGAAACCUGCAUGGAUGAGGCACAAAUCGCUGCUGUCUGCAGAGAGUGUUUACAAGCUCUAGAGUUCCUGCAUUUAAACCAGGUCAUUCAUCGAGACAUCAAAAGUGACAAUGUUCUAUUAGGAAUGGAUGGAUCUGUUAAACUAACUGAUUUUGGGUUCUGUGCUCAAAUCACGCCUGAGCAAAGUAAGAGAAGCACCAUGGUAGGAACACCCUACUGGAUGGCCCCUGAAGUGGUCACACGUAAAGCCUACGGGCCCAAAGUGGACAUAUGGUCCCUGGGUAUCAUGGCCAUUGAGAUGGUAGAGGGCGAACCUCCUUAUCUCAAUGAAAAUCCUCUGAGGGCGCUGUACCUCAUUGCUACUAAUGGCACCCCAGAGCUCCAGAACCCAGAGAAGCUGUCACCCAUUUUUAGAGACUUCCUAAACCGCUGCCUCGAGAUGGAUGUGGAGAAGAGAGGUGGAGGAAAAGAGCUCUUGCAGCAUCCCUUCCUGAAGCUGGCAAAGCCUCUUUCCAGCCUCACUCCCCUUAUACUUGCUGCCAAAGAGGCAAUGAAGAGUAACCGCUAGCCGUUUGUCA